AUUCAUUACAAAUCUCAUAAUAUUAGUAAGUAGCCAAUGAACCAGAGAGAGAGAGAGAGAGAGAGAGAGAGAGAGAGUUGUGUGGUUGUAAUUGUAUGCUGUUUGGGCAAAGAAAAAGGGAAGAAGAUGGCUAAACAUUCUUCUCUAGUAAUAGAUGCAUGGAUAAGAGAAGCCCAAGAAGUAUCAAGAUUGGUAGAGGACAUAGAAACCAGGAUCAGGAACAAGGACUUGGAGCAAGAAUAUAGGCUUAAAGACAAUGCUAAGUCCAAGAUUUUAGAAGUUGGCGUUAAGCUUGAUCGUCUUGAAUCACUCCUGCUCAAUCCUCCUUCAAAUCUCAUUUUAACUAUAGAGGAUUUGGAAUUCCGAUGGAAAAUGCUAUCAGACUUCCGGCUAAGAACAAGAGCGCUGGCUGCCAGUCUCUAUCCAUCACCGUCUAUAAAGGGGGCAAGAGGCUUGCCUGUUGCAAAUACCAAAGGAAUCAUUGGGCCAGACAACAGUAAUGACCAAGAUCAAAUGAAGCCCUUCUUCUCCAAAGAUGACUCAGAGAUGCUUAAACCUCUUAUUUCAGAGGAUGCCACCCAAAGUCGAAUGCAGGUACAUUUUUUGAAUAUGAGAUAAAGCCAUCUGGGCCAUUUACUCCAAUGAGUAUCCUCAGGAUGCUGUGUUGGACCAUCUGUUUGAUUCUAGGAGCAGCCACACUUCUCUUUCUCCUGUUUAUCCUUUGUGCAGUUAUAUAAUCCAUCUACUUUUCCCAGUGAUUAUGUACAGCUAGUGGUGUGUUUAUCUUCGCUUCUUCAUGACAGCAGAGCUGCAAAUAAUGGUUAUACUCAGAAAAGUAGCUAAAAGAACUUCACUUGUCAAUCGUAUUUUUCUUUAAUUAGUGGCCUCCAAAAACCUUCCUAGAUAGAGAAAGAUAAGGAAAGAAAUGCUUCCGAAUCUAUCAGAUUAUCAAUCAGGCAACAUCUUCAACUCAUUGUCUUCCAUCAAGUUUUGGAAUCUAUUCAUGGACUAUCCUACUCGCCUGUUUGAACAGAGCAGACAUAUAAAAUAAAAGUUAAAGACUGAGAUUGAAGAUAAUAAAUAGGCAGAAAUGAAGAAAACACCUUUUGUUAUUUCCAGCAUAGCAGCAGCAAAUUCUGAAGGAAGGCCAGGCUGCCGGAGAAUGUGGAGAUAGAUUUGAUCGAGGCCGCGAUGGUGAACGGGGCUGAUUCUAGGAGUAGCAUAGACUAAGUUAGAAGCAUAUUUCUCAUGUUCAGUGCACAAGUUACAGCGAUGUUGAUUGAAUUCAAGCAGACGAGAGCAUGCAAUUGUUCUGGCAAAAGCUGCUAGCAAAAAAUCAUUAGGUUAGAAAUAUCCAAAAGAAAGAAAUGCAAAGAACAUUCAGAAUCCAUUUGUAAAUAACAAAUAUUUAACACAGUGCACUCUGAAGUAUUUUCUUGA